AUGCCCUUCGGGCUGAAGAAUACGGGGGCGACGUAUCAGCGGUUGAUGGAUAGGGUAUUUGAGAGGCAAGUGGGGAGGAACAUGGAGGCAUAUGUCGAUGAUAUGAUCGUAAAAUCGGUUUUGGGAUCAAGCCAUCAUGAGGAUUUGACAGAAGAUUUUGGCAGGCUCCGAAAGCAUAAUAUGAAGCUCAAUCCGGAGAAGUGUUGUUUUGGUAUACAGGGCGGGAAGUUUUUAGGCUUCAUGAUUACGUCAAGAGGGAUUGAGAUCAAUCUAGAUAAGUGUAGAGCGAUCCAAGAAAUGAAAAGCCCCAGCAUUGUAAAAGAGGUGCAGCGCCUGACGGGACGGAUUGCGACCCUGUCCAGGUUUCUCCCUCAUUCAAGCGACAAGUCGGCCCCAUUCUUCAAGUGCCUAAAGAAGAAUGCGGCGUUUCAGUGGAGUUCAGAAUGCGAAGAAGCUUUUAAACGUCUCAAAGAGAUGUUGUUCGCGCCACCCGUGUUAUCAAAACCUGCCCAAGGCCUCCCUUUGCACUUGUAUUUUUCUGUCAGCGAUCAUGCAAUCAGCUCCGUCAUUCUUCAGGUUGUAGACGGAGAGCAAAAAAUAGUUUACUUCGUAAGCCAUACACUUCAAAGGGCGGAGAUUAGGUAUCAGAAGAUAGAGAAGGCGGCACUCGUCGUCCUCGUUACUGCCAGACACAUAAGACCUUACUUUCAAAGCUUUCAGGUAAAAGUAAGAACUGAUCUUCCUUUGAGACAGGUGUUGCAGAAGCCGGAUUUGCCAGGGAGACUUGUCGCAUGGUCGGUUGAAUUGUCAGAAUACGGUUUGCAAUACGACAAAAGGGGGAAGGUCGGUGCGCAUACUUUUUUUGAUUUUAUGGUGGAGUUAACGCCGGAAGACGGUGAGAAGGUGAGCACGCAAUGGACAUUGUUUGUCGAUGGAUCAUCAAAUGACAACGAAAGUGGAGCAGGGGUCACACUACAAGGGCCUAGGGAGUUGGUGUUAGAGCAGUCCCUCAUAUUCCAGUUCAAAGCCAGCAAUAACCAGGCAGAAUAUGAGGCCCUGAUCGUCGGGCUGAAGUUAGCAAUUGAGGUACAGAUUGACAGUUUGCUGGUUGGAACGGACUCGUUGCUAGUGGCAAACCAAGUCAAUGGGGAAUUCCAGGUGAAGGAGCCGGCCUUGAUAAAAUAUCUAGAGCGCGUACGACUUUUGAUGGGUCGACUGCAAGAGGUCGUAGUUGAGUUCGUGCCAAGGGCACAGAAUCAAAGGGCGGACGCCCUAGCGAAAUUGGCAAGCACUCGGAAGCCUGGAAAUAAUCGAAGUGUGAUCCAAGAGACGCUCGCCAAUCCUAGCAUAGAAGAAGAGUUUGUAGCCUCAGUUGACCGCCCAGAAACUUGGAUGGACCCCAUCGUAGACAUCUUGGCGAGGGAACCAAGUGCGCGAACAGCGCCGCGGUUUGAGGGUGAGAAUUCUGCCAACAUGGAGGUAGAGUUAGAUUUAUUGUCGGAAACACACGAUGAGGCUCGCAUCAGAGAGGCUGCGAUGAAGCAGCGAGCUGCUGCGAAUUAUGAUUUGAAAGUGCGACCGAGGGCGAUGCAGGAGGGGGACCUGGUGCUAAAGAAACGAAUCGGGAGCAGUGGGAAUAAGUUGAGACCAAUAUGGGAAGGCCCCUACAUAAUUUUGAAGGCCUUAGGGAAGGGGGCUUAUCACCUGGAGAGCUUGGACGGAAGGCGAGUGCCACGUUCCUGGAACGCAGCGAGCCUGAAAUACUAUUACAGCUAA